AUUUUGAUUGAUUGAUAAAUCAGCUUUUUUCUGUUGUUGUUGUUAUUAUAGUGAAAGAAAAACUUUGAAAUUGAUAUUGGCGAUAAUCAACGUUUAUUUUCCUGAUCUAAUUUCAUUUUUUCUUCAUCAAUCGAUCGAUCGAUUGGAAACACCGAAUUUUUAUUUUCAUUUCUGGGUUACCCGCGCAAUACGCAUACUCAUUUCGAAUUUUGCCACUGUUCAUUAAUGAUCUUCGAAUCGAAUCAAAUCGAAAAAUGAAACAAAUAAUCAAUCGAAGUAAAUUAUUAUUUACAAAUUGGAAUCGUGGUUUAAUUUGUUUGGAACAACAGAAAAAUCUUUUAUCACACCAUCAACAAGCAGCAAAUAAAACUAUCUUGAAUCAUCAUCAACAACGAAGAUCUAUUCAUUUUUCUUCAACCAGAUUUCUAUCAGAUCGUCGUUAUAGUGAAAAACAUGAAUGGGUACUUUUGGAUUCGAAUGAUAAAACAAUCGGUACUGUUGGUAUAUCACAAUAUGCACAAGAAUCAUUAGGUGAUGUUGUCUAUGUACAAUUACCCGAAAUAGAUUCAGAAUUUAAUCAAAAUGAUGAAAUUGGCGCCAUUGAAAGUGUAAAAGCGGCUAAUGAAAUUUAUACACCAGUAUCGGGUACAAUUAUUGAUAUAAAUAAAAAUUUGGAAGAAAAACCUGGACUAAUUAAUACAUCAUGUUAUGAUGAUGGUUGGUUGUUUAAAAUUCGAAUCAAAGAUUCAAAAGAAAUUGAUGGACUUAUGGAUGAACAAGCUUAUGAAGAAUUUCAAAAAGCAAUACCAUAAUUUUCUCUUUUUUUUUUGAUAAAUCAUUAGUGUAGAAUUGAUUAUUACUUUGGAUUUGUUACAAAUUGUUAUAAAUUACAAUCUUUUUUGAAAAAAAAUUAAAAUGUUUUUGCCAAAA